UGUUCGCUCAGAGCACGCUCUCUCCUUUUAUGGUCAAACAGCUUGGGCAGAGCGAGGCUCUCUUUUCUUAAAAAAAAAAAAAAUUGCGAUGAGCUAGGAAGUGUUGGGGCUGCAAUAGUUUCUCUUCCUCCGCCCCCUCUGAGCUUCUUCAACACCCCUCUUGGCAAGUGAACCAGCUCAGAAAGUUGCGCACGGGCCAGACGAGCAGAGCCCUCCUGGCCGCGGGGAGGAGUCGCGGGGAGGCUGCGAUCCUCAAGCGCAACAGCACCACGCACGUCUCAUUUAGGUCCCCGGAGGGGUCCAAGAGCAACCCUGUGCCUAAGCCGACCGCCGCCGUUGCUGAGACCGUCACCUCGAAGGGUUGGCAGUCGCUGAAAGCUGAGCUGCGGACUGGGGGUUGUUGCCUGCUUUGAGCUGAAACAAACGGUUCUGAGCUGUUCUUCAGCAAGAUGGCCUCGUCAGGUGCCCCGGGAACCCGCAUGACCUCCACAGUCAGCAUCAACAUCUCCACUCCAAGCUUCUAUAGCCCUCAGAAAAAAUUUGCACCAGUUGUUGCUCCUAAGCCCAAAGUGAACCCCUUUAAGGCUGGUGGAGCUGCUCCAGAAAAUGCCUCUGAGCAGAUGUUCCCUCCCGCUCCAGGGGCUUGUGCCCAGAUAGGGAAAGUGGGGGAAAUCCCAACAGCUGUGACUCUUUCCCUUGCUGAAGAGCUUCCGCCGCCCCCACCGCCCCCUCCAGGAGAAGAGAUGGUUGUCUCCUCAAACAGUGUGUUUCCUCCCCCACCUCCCCCAUUUGAGGAACCGUUUCCCCCAGCUCCAGAAGAGGUCUUCCCUUCCCCUCCUCCCCCCAUGCUGGAGGAGGAACCUGUGGCUGCGAGUGGGCUGCCUGUUCCCCAGGGGCAAUCCCGUGGAAAGAUGAGCAGCAUUGAUUUGGAGAUUGAUUCUUUGUCCUCAAUGCUGGAUGACAUGGAGAAGAAUGAUCCCUUCAAAUCCCGGGUAUCUCCAGGAUCCAUGGCUCCUGCAGGUGUGGCUUCCAGCUCUAAAGUUUCCCUAGAAACCAUGGCACCGCCACCACCUAAAGAGUUUCCAGCUCCUACGUCUUUCCCCUCCAAUCCCAGCGGAAACUACAUGCCCAAAGCACAGAGAGAAAUGCCUUCUGUUCCCCCACCAUGGAUAGCCUUGAAGCAGAGUAGAGACUCUCCAUCAGCACAGCUUCCAGGGGCAUCUGCUGCUGCUGCUCCUCCUGUUGCUCCUCCUCCUCCUCCAGCUCCAUCAGCCUUGAAAUACACUCCAUCCCCCGUUUCCACCGCCCCCAGAUUUGUCCCCAAAGAACCACCUGCGGCUGGGGUCCCUUCAGGUUUUCCAAGGCAGGCUGCUUCAGCCCCUGCGCAUCCUCGCUUCCCGCCUGCUGCUUCUAGUACAGGCCCAGUUCUGAAGCCACAGCCUCCCACUUUCAUCUACGCGCAACAUCGAGAAAAGCCCCAGGUUCAGGAGAAGCCACGUCCUGCUGGACAACCGCCUGCACCACGAGACACGCGUAACCCUGUAUCCUUUGCAAACACUGGAUCAGAUCCUCCCCGGGGCAACUCUGUUCUGACCAUGAAGGAGGUAGAGGAGCUGGAGAUGCUGACCCAGAAGCUCAUGAAGGACAUGGACCAACCUCCCCAUGCAGAAGCCUCCACUUCUGAGUUGUGUGGCCUGUGCCAUAAAGCCCUGUCGCGGACGCAGCCAGCUGUCCGCGCCCUGGACAAGCUCUUCCAUGUUGAGUGUUUCACCUGUUUCAAGUGUGAGAAGCAGCUGCAGGGGCAGCAGUUCUACAAUGUGGAUGAAAAGCCCUUCUGUGAGGAAUGCUAUGCUGGCACCCUAGAGAAGUGUUGUGUGUGCAAGCAAACAAUCACGGACAGGAUGCUGCAGGCCACAGGCAAUUCCUACCACCCUCAGUGCUUCACCUGUGUGGUGUGCCACAAGCCCCUUGAGGGAGCCUCCUUCAUUGUGGACAAGGCCAACCAGCCACACUGUGUGGACGAUUAUCACAGAAAAUAUGCCCCACGCUGUUCAGUAUGUGCUGAACCCAUCAUGCCAGAACCUGGGAAGGAUGAGACUGUCCGUGUGGUAGCCCUGGAGAAGAACUUCCACAUGAAAUGUUACAAGUGUGAGGACUGUGGAAAGCCCCUUUCCAUUGAAGCAGAUGACAAUGGCUGUUUUCCCCUGGAUGGCCAUGUGCUGUGUAGGAAGUGUCACACCACACGCGUCAAAGCUGCGGUCUGAGGACCUUGGAUCAAGAUGCGCCCUUGAUGUACUUAUCCUAUCCCACCCAGUCGUCAGAGAGCCUGAUUAUUCUCUGUGCCCUUCCUGGUCCUGUCCCCUUGAAAUCAUAGUGCAUUUCUACCUAGAAAGUGUCUGUCUGGCAAUAUCUCUUCUCACCUAAGGGCUCUUCCCCCAUCCCCCACCCCAGCUGGCGGUUUUAAAUCUGCCCCUUCUGACUGGGUCUUCCUUAACUCCUCGCUUAGUCUGGCUAGAAAGUGACGUGCAAGUAUGUCUUGCUAUAAGCCUUGCAGUCCUUUUACUUACUGAGUAACAGAGUAAUCUGGGAAGAAAAGACAAUCGGAGCCUUCCAACCUGCUGUGUCCGUUGACCCUGCAAAAGAAUUGGGCUUUUUUUUAUUCCUUGGUUUGAUGGGGGACUGAGUCUUUGCUUUACAGGAUGAUGAUAUAAAUGAAUCUCAUAGCUCCCUCUCUGUAUUGGACUUCCCAUGCCUGAAUGUUUCUUCUUGCCAGCAAGAUUGCUUUUGACUCUUGGGCUUCUGCACCAGUUUUCUCUCGCUCCCCACAAUUAAGAUGGCCCCAGUUUUGUUUUUGUCCUCUGGUGCUUUGGCCUAGCCACUUCUACAUAGCAAACUGUCCAAGAGACUACUUACUUGUUUACAAAGGGCUUGCAAGAGUUCUCUGUGGAACUGGGGUAGUGGUGUGACCCGGACUUACCCUGAAUUGAUGCUGAGAGAGGCACUCUUGAGAGAGGGUUUGCUUGUUUGUUCACAGCCUACAUAUGAUGGGUGCCUCCUAGAUCCCUUUUCAGGGCCAUGCUCCCCUCAUUGUCUGUGGGGUUGCUGGAAGUGACUGCGCUGGAGUCCUUUGGCACAGUCAACUGAGCAGAACCUCAAUUCCUAGGCUGGGCUGAAGAUGCAUCUUUGAUAUUGUCCUGUCCCAGCCACUGUUUGCAUUAAUAAACUUUGUGUUGUUUUUUUUC